AUGCCCUCCGUAACCGUCAAUUCUGCUGGUCGGUCGCCAGCCGUUGCACGCGGGCUCGCAUGGCCAGUUACUUUGGACCUACCUGAAGACGCGACCAUUGGAGACGUUAAGAGCGCGUUGGCGAAAAGAUGUCCCAAGUUCUACAAGGAACGCCAGAAAAUCUCCGUUAAGGACGAUCGGAAAGCACUUGAUGACGCGACGCGUCUUGCCGACGUGUCAAGUGAGCUCGCAGUAAAGGAUUUAGGGCCUCAAAUCAGCUGGAGGACGGUGUUCAUGAUUGAAUAUGUCGGGCCCCUGAUCAUCCAUCCUCUCAUCUACAACUUGCCCAGAAUAUUCUACGGAGGACCUGUUCAACACUCACGCCUGCAACAAUACGUAUAUGCGAUGGUCCUGCUUCAUUUCCUCAAACGUGAGAUCGAAACCGUUUUCGUACAUCGCUUCUCGCAUGCAACGAUGCCUUUUCGCAACAUCUUCAAGAACUCGGCGCAUUAUCACCUCCUCUCUGGACUUCUGCUUGCCUACUCCGUGUAUAGCCCCCCAUUCUCGGCCCCUUCGCCAUAUAUCCGGGGUACGGUGCGCGACGACCCGACAUGGCUGAACGCCUAUGCCGCCGCGUGGCUCUUCGCGGAGCUCUCCAACCUCCACACCCACUUGACGCUCCGGAGCCUCCGUCCCGAAGGUACAACCAAGCGAGCCGUCCCGUACGGAUACGGCUUCGACCUCGUUAGCUGCCCGAACUACUUCUUCGAGAUCUGUGCUUGGGUCGUAAUCACACUCAUGACCGGAUCAUACGCUGCGUGGCUGUUCCUCGUUGUGGGGACUGGCCAGAUGGCACUAUGGGCUCUGAAGAAACACAAGGCGUAUAAGAAGGAAUUCGGUACGGAGUAUCCCAAGGGACGGAAGGCUAUGAUACCCUAUAUAUUCUGA